AAAGUCGGUGUUAUAUCGCUCUACUGAAGCACAGCAAAACGAACAACAGCUAGACUACUCCGUGCAGGCCAAUUCAUCUCGCCGGGUUAAAUCAAUCUCAGCUGAUUUCUAUUCAUCCAGUCUGCAGCCAACAUGGCCUCCAAAUCACAAGUCCCGUACGAAGACCGUGCGCGCGACCAUCCCAAUCCACUUGCACGACGAUUAUUUCAGAUUGCGACCGAGAAACAGUCAAAUGUCGCGGUCUCGGCCGAUGUCACAACUACAAAGGAGCUCCUUGACCUGGCUGACAGACUCGGCCCCUACAUGGUCGUUCUAAAAACUCACAUCGAUAUCCUCGCCGACUUCUCCGCCGAAACCAUAACCGGACUCCAAUCCCUUUCCCAGAAGCACAACUUCCUGAUCUUUGAGGACCGGAAAUUCGUUGAUAUUGGCAACACAGUGCAAAAACAAUACCAUGGGGGCGCACUCCACAUUUCGGAAUGGGCUCAUAUCGUUAAUGCAACCGUGCUUCCGGGCCCAGGUAUCAUAGAUGCCCUGGCGCAAGUUGCUUCUGCACCAGACUUCCCCCAUGCUUCAGACAGAGGGCUCCUGAUCUUGGCGACGAUGACAUCAAAGGGUAGUCUUGCUACUGGUCAGUAUACUGAGUUGUCGGUUGAGCUGGCGCGGAAGUAUAAGGGCUUUGUCCUAGGCUUCGUGGCCAGCAGGUCCUUGGAAGGAGUUGAAACGGCUGGAAAGGCGGAUGAUGAGGAUUUUGUCCUCUUCACGACAGGUGUUAACCUUGCUUCCAAGGGUGAUGCAUUGGGACAGCAGUAUCAGACCCCUGAAUCAGCCAUUGGAGGCGGUGCGGACUUUAUUAUCAGUGGACGCGGGAUCUAUGCGGCUCCUGACCCGGUUGAUGCCGCUAGGCGGUAUCAAAAAGCGGGCUGGGAUGCUUAUUUGAAAAGAGUGGGCAGAUAAAAUAGAGAGGAUUUUUGCUUCCUGCUCAGGAUGUGGCGCGCAGCUUCAGAACGAGCCGGAAUAGGGGCACCAUCAGCAUCUUGAUGUUGAUACAAGCCUCAUCUAUGUGUUCGAUAUGCCCUUAACUAUUCGUAUAAUAUUCAACUCUACCCUAAGUUGGUACCGCUGGCAUAGUUAAUUCUCAAAGGGCAAUGGUAAUAUCUACCGAACUAUC